GAAAGUGUGGUUUGAUUGUAUAGUCAGAUCAUCCAGGUAAGAGUAGCCUCCUAGAAGGACUAUUGCCAGUAGAACUGACUGAUGUUUCAACAGCCUUGAUUUUGUGGAUGACAGGUUGUUGAAACAUCAGACACUAUGAUAGACAAUGAUCCUUUUCAGGACUAUUAGCAAACUAUUUAUUUCAUUAAUUUAAUUUUCUUUUCGAUAACUUUACUAUAAACCUUUAACCUUUAACUCCCUGAGUGACCAAGACAAAAAAUUAUCCUAACAAUAUCAACUAGAUAACAGGGCAUGAAAUUGCGCCUAGCACAGGCACCAAUGCGACUAAAUUUUUCACUUUGGUGACCAAAUCCUUAAAAUUAGUCGCCAAAUUGGUGACUAGAAUGUUACAUCAUAACCUUACCUAGAGAUACAGAGAGUUAAAAAGGUUUGCAAAGAUAAAUCUGUGGUAAUCCUCCUCAUUAAGUUUGUUUCCAAAACGCAGCACAUGCAUCUUGAUCAAUAACUAGAUGCUAUCUUGGAUUUAGGUGAGCUUGAAUGUUGCAUAUCAUCCAUCCUGGUGUCCACUUUGUAGCAAGUUAAAGAUCUUUUCCCUAACUUAAUUUCUAGAAUGAUGAUGGUGGAAAAAAAGGUUUUGUUUGUCUUUGAAAAUGGUGACCAACUUUUUUUUAAUUUGGCUACCACUUAGAAGAAUUUAAGAGCCAAGCGGCUGUCAGAAAAAAAAAUUAAUUUCACACCCUGGAUAAGGAAUGAGAAUAAAGAAAAAUACCAAUUUGGGAAUAACUAGUUGAUCCAAUACUAAAUUCUCUGAACUAACAUUACAAGAAUUGUAUGGUUGAGGGUGAGGAGAAUUACAAAUUUGAUCUGGGAGUUAAAGGGUUAAAUCAUUGUAUUAUGGCAACUGACAGAAUAAGAAAAGGUACUUGGCUUAUUAAGAAAAUGUUUACUUUUAAAAAUUUUUAUUUUUAUCAUAGUGCGAUGCCAAGUGUGGCAGCAACAAUGAAUAACAUAAGAGAGAGCACAUCCAUGCCUUGUUUAGUCAGUGAGGAUGGUUCCACAACAGCCCAUGCAACAACAGAAAAAGGGAUGUUAUCACAAUCACAGUCAUUUGAUGACACAAAAGAACGUUCCCUCCAGCACAGUAGGGUGGAAAUUGUCAGACUUACAAUGUUCAGAAAGGUUUGUAAGUUUGGCUACAACAACCAAUAAGCACUUACCUUGAAGAUCAAUCAUAAGCAUGCAAUUUGGGAAGGCACACAGAAAUUAAAAGCUGUCCUAAAUAAUGGUUUUAACUUGCUUUUGAAUAGUCAUUUGUGUUUCCUCAUUUAAGAGACUGUCAGUGUGUAUAUAGAAUAAUGACUAUUAUUUUAGAAUAUAUUAAUAGUAGAUAAGUGAUUUGCUAAUGAGAAUGCUAGCAUGCAGGGGAGCUGCCUUUGCAAGCUUUUGAUUAUUCUGAGCUCUAAGCUUUUAACCAUCAUGCAUGAGACAAAUAGCUCAUUCAUUUUCUUCCUGCAGUAAUUUGGUUAUUGAUUGAGUUUUGUGUAAAACUCUGUUGCUAAUUGAAUGGGCUUCCAUGCAUGUGUUUGUUGGUGAUUUUUCAAAUCCCUGCUUCAUUUGGUGUAUGUAAUGACAAAAAUAUUCAGUAUUUAACUCUUAAACAGCUAAGCGCAUGAUAAUUGAUUAUCAACUGCUCAACAUAUUGUUUGCAUUUCAUUAGUCAUUUAAAUCCUCCUAUUAGGUCUCUUCAGAAAAGAACAAUUUGUGCUACAUGUGCACUUUGAAAAAAAAAAGAGAAAGUUGGUAUCAGGGGACCAACAUGGGUGGCAACCAUAUUUGGAGUUCAUGUAACAUCUUAAGAGGAAAAUUGUUGUAAAACCACACUGUCAGGUGAAGUAAAGUUAGGUAAUGAUACAGCUUACUAAGGUGGCCCAAAGAGUCAUGGUUAUGAUGGGGAGUCUAUGAUAAAGAAGUACUAUUAUUACUAGUCUAGUAUUGGUACUAGACUAGUAUUAUGUACUCAGAAGGAAAAUGGGUGAUGUCACAAUUGUUUUUGUGGUCAAGGGGAGAUAUGGAGGUAAAGCAAGAAGCCUGAGGAUUAGAAUUGAAACUUUGGUUAGUACAUGGUAAAACAACAUAAAUCGAGGCACAUGAGUGAUGAGGCGUUAAGCAAGCUCGUAUAGGAUGCUCUUGAGGAGGGAGAGGCAUGGUAAGGUUAAAAGUACCAAGGGGGUUAUUGUUGUUUUGUACUGAAUUAUUAUUAUAAGCUUUUAAUCUAAAUUGACCCUGUUUGAAAUAAAUACAUAACCUGGACUUAACAUAAACCAGUGACUAUGAAGUGAAUGGUUUUUAAACUCUUCUUUUAGGUGGGGCAGCUGAGAAGUGUCAGUGCUGACACAGAACGCUGUGUAUGUCUUGCUGGCAGGUACAUGUAUGAUAGUAUUCAUAUUAUAAAAGCAUAGUAAUUUCCUAAACUGCCUAGCGAUUUAAAUGAAGAGCAGCCAAGAUCAUCUUUUGAUUUUCUCAUAGAACACGAUACUACCAGAAUGACUGAAAUUUUGACUCUAAAGUGUUAUCUGGACACCAGAAACCCCUCUCUUCUUGUUGCCAAGUUAUCUAUAUUUUGAACAAAGAAAAAUCAAACAAACAAAGUUUAAAGAUGUUUUUGGGUCCUAUUAUUACAAACUAAGAAUCGUUUUAACUUUUAAUUUUAAGUAAUGCAUUUAUAACUUUGUUUUCCCUUAAUGUUGCAGAUAAGAGGAAAAUUGAAUGAAUCAUUACUAUCUUUUGUAACACUUUAAUGAGAUGGCAACUCACAAAAUGUAUCCUGAACAAACAACUGCACCUACUUGAUAUUUGUAGGGAUAAUUACACUUAUUUAUUACUAACAAUUAUAACUUGAAUUUGCAGUGAUAAGAGUGGAAUGUUUGAGAUAAUGAGUGACCUUGCUAGUGAAGAGCGACUAUUUUAUUACCAGCUGGCUCUUAUUUGGCAAGCUGUUUUAACACCAUUCCUUCAAUCAGGUAAUCAAUCAGUAACUUCAAAUUUCUGUUGUUCCUAUAAGUGAUGUAGAUGGGAUCCUGCAACCAUCAUACAAAAUACCCCUACAGUAUGCUUAACUUGUAAGGAAUGAAAUAAAUGUUUGGGAGAAGAAAAUCAACUUGCAUUGAAACUAACAAUAACACUACAAAAAUUUACAUAGACAAUAAUGUUGGUAUUUAAAUUCCAAUUUUUCAGAGGUAUGGUCAUGCUUGGCCUUAGAAGAGGUUGGACAGGUUCUAUCUUCCAUAAUACAGGCUUUUUACAUCAUCCUGAAAUGUGUUUCCACAAGUUUGACAUCUGUUACUCAGCUUGUGGUAUCGAUGAAGGACUUUCAAGAUCUAUUCAAUCUGUGUUGGUCUGAUGAUUUUUUACAAGCAUUUGAGAGGUAUGGAUAGCUGCUAAUGAAACAUUUCAUAACUUCUAACAAGUUGAAAAAUACUUAUAGGCAGUCUGGUAGAAAUCAUUUGUUUCUUUCCCUUGUAUCUUUUAUAAACAGUCGUUGUACAUGUCAUUUGGAAGAUUACUUUUUUCCCAAGCCAGCUCUUGCAGUAUAUUCAGUUCAAAGUUAAUGUACAUUUUAACAAGUAAAUAAGAGUUUGCAAGUAAAUUGGCCAAAGUUAGCCUGUUUGAUUUUGAAGAAAAGUUGUGGUUAUUUAUAAUCAUAUUGGUUUUAAAUGCAAUAAUGAUGAAGAGUUACCUUUUGUUUCAAUAUGUUGUCACAGCACAAAUUGAUUAUUACCUCUGAUUUUAAAGGUUUCAAUUAGAAAAUACCUCAUGUAAAGUGGCAACUUUUUGUCUAUCCAAAAGCUUGAUAACUGGUUUGCAAGUCUGUUAAUCUUGCACGAUAGUCAUACCUGAAAGAUUUAACCCCAAACUUCUUUGGAAUAGUGGGCAUAAGAUGACUUGCUAUUUUCCUUUAAGUUUCGUGAACAUUUUGGCCAGGACUGUUACCUUUACUACUUUUGAAAUCAUGGAAUAAAUAUGUUUAGCUGCUUGUAAAGUGUUGCCCCAAAGGACUUGAUAUCCUCUGUUGGUAGUUUCAGCCAGCACUCCUCCAAAAGUGACUACAAACUCUUUUGAGAAAAUUCUUCACAUGUGUUGAUACAUCUGUUGAGUUCAAGAGGCUUCUUAAAUGUCAAGUGAACAGAAUUCACUGUGACUCAUUUAUUGUGAAUUGUACAAUUUUAAUGUGAAUUUAUAGAGGCUAGUGUGUUUAUUACACAAAAAAAACAUUCAAGCUUUACAGGAAGAUAAAAGUAUUUUCCUUAUUCUUUCCAUACCUUUUGAGUGAUGUAUCAAUUCAAGUAACAUUUUUUUCUUUUGCUUUGGAUUGGUUUCAUUCAAAUUCUGAAUUAUCUCCAGUCAAUUUAAGAUUCUUGUAUUUCAAGAUGUUUAGAUUCUGAACAUAAGGUACAUGUUGUUUUUGCCUUUGUGUUCAAUCAUUUAUGCUGCUGGUCAUUUUUACAGGUAUUCAGAAUCCUUUAGUAAUGGAGCAGCAUUUGGUGUUUUCUCAGCAGUUUCAAGUGUAACAAGGUAUGACAUCAUGACACGCUGAUGCAUGUGAAUCAACUCCCUGGUGGCAUGUGGGUGGUGAAGAUCAUAAUCCAAAAUUUAUGUAAUUUUGAAUUGGAUAACUGAUCACUGCUUUUAAGAAACAUGCUACCUGCAUUGUGAUGACCAUGAGACAGACAAAAAUUCUGAGUUUCUCCAUGAGGAAUCAAACCCCAGACUUUGUUACUUUUACAAUGCACGUCAUAAUCUUCUUUUGCAGUGAUAUCUCAUCUCAGAGCAAAACUGUGCUACGUGAUAUCAUGGAUGAUGCUGCUCAGGUAAUGCAGCAUAACAUGCACAAGCUGUGAAGUGCAGUGUGAGAUUAAGUAAUAACUAAUAGAGAUUGAUACCAAAGAAAAAUGAUGAUAAAACUUCUUUAAUGUUCCUUGUACUUACAUGUAGUAAUUUGAUAAUAUUAAGGUACUCUAAGACAUUUGUUCCAAAUAAUUUGUUUUGAGUGGUUUUGUUAAUUAUUAUUUAAAUGUGUUGUGGAGUCUAUGUUAGAAAAUCCACCUUAAAUAAGCAAUACACAGGUGCACAAUAUUAAUCAAUACAUAAUUUUUGGAACAAAUUGUAGGAAUUUGUGGGUUAUGACAAUGCUUUCCAAUGUGUGAUGCAAUUUCCAUUGAUGAAGAUGCAGCACUACCAACUAAUUGUGGGAAAAUUUCAGAACACACUAAAACUUUCUCAGGUAAAUUUGUUAUGGCAAUUGUGAAAAAAAGGAAAUUAGAAAUUUGUUUUUAGGGUCAAGUUGGCUCCAGAAGGGAUAUGACAACAGCAAUUUCACUGAGUCAGACCUUUUUCAUUUUGUACUUACAUUAGAGUUAGUGGUGGGGUUAAGUACGUUUAUAAUGAACUGAAUUGUACAGACUGAAGCAGCUCCGCCUAAUGUUUAUACAAUGAUACCUAGAUUAGAAACACCUUGCUCACCUCUGCCAAAAGGCAAACACUCAGAACAGUGCACAAAAAUUAACAAAGUCUUCUGAAAGUUAUUUUGAGUCUUAAUUUUUUUCUGAUAGAGAGACCUGUUGAAGUCUAUUAUUUUCAUUAGAAAGUAAACUGUUUACAAUUUUAUAAUUUAAAUUGCACUUCAUGGUUUCAGGUUGCUUUUCAAUAUUUUUUGUUUCCAUUAGGUAUUUCUUUGAUCUGGAUGAGUAUGUGGGUCAUGCAUCACAAAAUUGGGUCCCUCUCUAUCAGUUAACUUUUCUUUGUUUUACAAGUUUCCACUUUUUAUCAUUGUUAUUUUAAUUUUUCUAGAAACACGAGAACAUGGUGAACUGUGCAAGAAUGGAAGAAGAGGCUAAACGAUGGGAACAGCUUAUCACUGAAGAUGAAAACAGGCAAGCAGAAGCUGAACGUACAUUCAAGUUCUGGGUUGAGUGCCCAGCCAAAGUUGCAGUGAGUUAUUAAUUUCACAGAAUACUUGCUUUUCUUGAUAUGUACAGGCAUAAAAGUUGUCUUGCAAAAACGUCUAGAACAUUGUAUGUUGAUUUUAGGAGUAGUGAAGUAAACACCUGCUGGGUAGAUAGAAAUGACAGAGAAAACCCUUAGUUAGUGCAAACUAGAUAGAUGCAGGAGCCUAGCCAAGGCUCUAGAUGUUGUGGGGUUGUUUUAAUAACAAAAAUUAUUAAUAGCAGCAGUGGAAAACAGAAAACACUGAUGUGUGAAAAGAAGAUUGAGUUGAAAUUUAUAGAAUGAAAACUUUGUAAAUGGCCCAGUCUCUUCCCAACCAGAACUUAUGUUUAUUUGUCCUAUUUGACACAUGUGAUGUACAGAAUGGUUAUCUUUCUCACUGCAGGAGAUCUUCAAGCAUCCACGCAGACGGCUACUAAGGAGUAGCAAUAUUCACAGUCUUUUUCCAUCUAAGGGCUCAAGAUUUUCAACACCCCUCUUUGUUUUAUUUGAUGACUUUUUUGUCCACUACCAGGUAUGUUAACUUUUGUAUGCUUAUUCAUUACUGACAGUUUUAAUUGCUUUUUUUUACAUUUUCUCCUUAUUUAGUUCAAGAAGACACAAGAUAUUUUUUAUAGCUUUUGUGCAACUAACCGAAAUUUAACAAAUACCCUUAAACCACAAUGUUCCAUCGCCUAUUCAACAAAAGAUUCCAUGUUGCUGAGUGUCUGUUCAGUUGUAGAUCACAGAUGAGGUCAAAUGUGAUAAGAACAAACAAGUGGCACACAAAGCACAGCCUGGUGUGUCACUGGACGUGUUCUUACCACAUUUGGAUGUCUUUGUGAUCCAUUACUGUACUGACCCACAACAGCAUGGAAUCUAAAAAAGGAAAAUGUUAUUAAUGGUAAGAUCAUCUAUGCAUCUGUCCUCCAAUAGAUCAUAACUAAAAACCAAUCAAAAUGCAUGUACAAUUAAGCUUAUAACAUAUGAAACAUUUACUGGCAAAGGCCCUUGAGCAAUGAGUGUGUCAGAACUUUAUAGCUACAAGUAUUGAGAAAUCUUGAAUAAAACAGGAAUGAAAAAAAUAUCACUUUGGAAUCAUGUUCCAAGAAGGUGUUAAAUUUUUUUGACCAUUCAGGAUACAAUCUUAUUUAACACUAAUUCCCUGGUCCAGGGAGAGACAGUUUUUUUGUUUUUCCAAGACUUGAGAGAAAAAACAAAGAACACUGCUUACACAAGUGGGUGUUUAUAUAUAGGUAGACCUUGGAUAAUUUUAACCAGUUUGAUUGUGUAAUUUGAACAGUGGGACCUUACUAGUCUAUUUCUACCACUUGGACCAUUUUAUCUUGUGAGACUUUUUUAACCAGUUGGACCACUAUAUCUAGUUAUACCAUUUUAUGCAGUGGAAUCAUUCUCUCUGGUUAGACCAUUUCAAGUGGAUGGACAAUUUCUAGUUACCCCACUUGGAAUAAUUGGACCAUUUUAUCUAGUUAGACCAUUUUUUGUGGUUGAAGCAUGCUACCUCACUAGAACAUUUUAGGGAGUUGGACCAUUUUCUCCAGUUAAACCAUUUUAACUGGUGGGAAGAUAUUUAACUGCUUUGACCAUUUUAACUGGUUGGAUCACUUUAACCAGCUAGAUGAUUUCCUCUAGUUAGACAGUUUUAACCGUUGCAACCAUUGUAACUGGUUGCAACCAUUUAAAGCAGUUGGAUCAUUUUUAUGUUGCUAGACUUUUUUUGCUGUUAUGACCAUUUUAUCCAGAAUUUCCAUUUUCAAUGGUUAGACCAUUUUAAGCAGUUGGAUCAUUUCAUCUUGUUAUCCUACCAUAACCAAUUGGAUCAUUUUAGCAAGUUGGACCAUUUUAUCUAGUUAGACUAUGUUUAAGAGUUGGACCAUUUUCUUUAGUUAGAACAUUUUUAGGCAGUUGAACUUCAUUAACCUAGGUUGACCAUUUUAAAUGGUUGGACCAUUUUAACCAAAUAUACUUUGUAAGCAACAAAAACAGAACUAUGUUUUUGUUCACCAUUUUAUUCUAAACAUUUUUAAUGAUAUUUCAAAUUUUCAGGAUGUAUUGCAACCAUAAGUGACCAAAUAAUCAUGUAUUCCAUUUUUUCAUGUCAUGUUUAAUAGAUUGAAAGUUGCAACUUUCAAAUGGCUACACCAAGCCCAUACCAUGUCAAAUUUUUGAGGCUCCUGAUGGCACUCUUUCUUUCUUUUCACUUCCCAACCAAGCAAUGUCAAUUUCUUUAAGAGAAAGCUUAACAUCACAGGAUAAGUGUUGUUGCUAUGCAAAUUUUUACAGUCUCAUGUUCUAAUUGGUGUCGUGAAUUGAAUAACCCAUUGCAUUUUAUUACUACAGCCAUAAUUCACUGGCUUACACAAGAUGGCAAUUAAAGGAACGAAAGUAAAUAUGGCUUCUCUGAUGAAUUAUGACAGAGAUUUUGUCGCUUUUGCAAAUAAGUUAUUGCAGGUACAUCAUGUCAUGCCACUGCAACAGAAGGGGAAGAUUUAAUCUUUUGAUCUGAAACUAGGCAAACCAAGACUAAAUACAAUAAGGAAAAUUUAUAGAGCAGUUUGCCACAGUCCACCACAAAUUGACUGAAUGAGAAGGUAUUUGAUCUGAACCUUAAUUUUUCUUCAUCUUUUGAGGAUAAGAUUGUCAAAAUAACAUUAUUUGGCAGACUGUGCUGAAAAUAUUUAUUACUGUUAUCUAUGUGUAUGUGCCAAACCUUUUCAAGUAACUGUAAAUUGGCUGGGAUUAAGAGAGUUUUUUCUCAAAAAUGACCUUUUGGGCACACUCCUUAAUUAAAUGGAUUUCCCAAAUUUCAUGGCACUGAUAUAAACAAAAGUUUUUUUUCUCAGAUUAGUUGUAGAAUCAUUAAUCAUAAAAUUAUGUGAAAAUUUCAAGUCAUUGCAACAUGUCAGUCAUGAGAUAUUUUAUUCCCAAAAUGGUCAAAAUUCACCAAAUAAGCCUUCAGUACUGCCUUAACUAGUUUGAUAACUUGAACUAGUUAGACUAUUUUCUCCAGCUAGACCAUCUUUACCAAUUUGUUCCGAUUUUCAUGUUUCACCAUUUUAAUCAGUUGGACAAUUUUCUCUAAUUAGGCCAUUUGUUACAAGUUGGACCAUUUUUUGUUUUCAGACCAUUGUCAUUAUUAUGACCAUUGUUGUUAUUAUAGUACUUAGAGUGUAGUCAUUUUUGUCUUAACCGGUUCAACCAUUUUCUCCAGUUAGGGUGUAUUAAAUAGUUGGAAUAUUUAUCAAGUUAGACAAUUUAAACUGGUUGGCCAAUUUUAAUAAGUUGAACUGUUUUAUCUAGAGCUAAAACACUUUAGGCAGUUCAACAAUUUUAUCUAGUUAGACCAAUUGAAGCUGUUGGACCAUUUUAAUUAGUAAAAUCAGUUCAAAGGAUUUUAAUUUUAACCAGUUGGAUUAUUUUUCUAGUUAGUCCAUUUUAAUCAGUUGGAACAUUUUAUCUUGUUAGAUCUUUUUAAUGGCUUAAACCAUUCAUAGUAGUUGGAGCAUUUUUCUAGUUUCAUCAUGUUAACUAUUUGGACCAUUUUACGUAUUUAGACCAUUGUAACCCACCAUGUUUCUAGUUUAACCAUUUUAACUUGUUAGAUUUUUUUAAUCAGUUGGAUAUUUGCUAGAUCAUUUCUGCCAAUUAGACCAGUUUAUCUAGUAGGAGUGAUUUAAUCAUCUGGUUAGACCAUUUUCAACUGUUGGACCAUGUUUUCAGUUUGACUUUUUUUUAAAACCUGUUUGAAUCAAUUAAUCAAUUGUAUUAUUACCUUUCAAGUCUGCAAAAAGCUUCCAAGCCUUUCCUCUGACUACUGUUUGGGCUGAAGGGGUGGAUGACACAGAAGGAGUCUUGUGAGUUGAUAUCAUUUAAUGAACAUAUAAUUGAUUAUAUUUUCUUGUUAACCCUUUAACUCCCAGGAUCUGAUUGUUAAUUCUCCUCUCUAGCUGCUAAACAUUUCCUUGUAAAUUAGUUACAAGAAUUUGGUGUUAGAUCAAGAUGACAACUUCAACCUUAUAAGUUUGGGUAUUCUCAUCAGCUUUUUGGUGGAUAAUAAUUAUAUUGAUAUUCUGGGGAGAAGUUACAUGUUAAUCACUUCUGGGAGUUAAAGGGUUAAGAUUUCAAUUUGUGGAAGUAAUCAUAGUUACAUUCGUUUUUAUGUCACUAUCAAGCUCAAAAAUUACCUUAUUUCUUGUUCUAUUCACUGGCAAUUUACACUUUUGACAUUUUGCUGAUCCUAGCAGUAUACUAAAUUUGUGUUUCAUUUGAACCCAGCAGUCAGCAACAACAUGCAUCAGAACAAGCCAAUUUAUUUCUUGGUCCCAUAGCCAUGACAAGGAAAAUCUUUCUGUAGGACAAGCAUUACUUUACUUUCAUUUAUCUAUGAAAUGCAAUAGAGUCCAGCUAACUCAAACUCCAAAGAGAAAUAAAAAAUGAUUUGGGCAAACAGGGUUCUGAGUUAUUGGGGUUAAAGUUGAAUUUUAAUUACCCUGUUUUUAAGAUUCAUGUACAAGUCAUGUAAAUAUUGUAUUGCAUCAUUAUGAAAAAUACAGUGAUUGCAUAUUAAUUAUAUUUGUUAUGAUGAAUUCAGUUUUAUCAGUAGUAACCAAAUGGUUUGAUUUAAUGAACUGAUCCUCAGUUGUUGGUCUUAAAGGUGAAUUGAAAGAACUGAGAACUUCACUAUGGUUAUAAUAAUGCAUGCAUCAUUGUUCAGCAGCUUACUGAUGGAGCAUGUCAAGUAGUGGCCAGGUUAACCUAGUACUCAUUCAGUCAUUGAAUGUAUAUUUAUGCUUCAGGAAUUCAAUUAAAAUCACAACACCGGAAGAAGUUUUACUUGUCUGCGCUCCAUCAACAGUUGACAAGGUAAUGAUUAGCAAAGGAUUAAUCAAAUGUUACAGGUUGUAUAUACACACAAUUGCAAACACCUUGACCAUAAAAAUUAUGAUCGUGGAACACUCGGACCCAACUGCUUUACAGGAAAUGCUAGUGCAACUAUGUAAUCAGUGAUUUACUUUUGCCUCUAUUCGUGAAAAACUUUUGUGAUGAUAGUUCUUUUUUUCCAAGAAAGCAUGCAUAGCUUUCAUCAUUCACUAUGUGCUAAUGAUAGCUAAUGUGUCAGUGUGUACCCUAAGAAAUGUGGGGUCUCAUCUUCCAUUGUAAAUGCGUCUUUAAGUGUCAAAGUUUUUCCCAGUCAACUGUACACUUGAGUGCAAAAACAUUGACACUUAAUGCAUCCACAAUAAGCAAUGAGACCUUAUGGCUCUCUGGUUACAAACAUGCAUGAGCAUUUAAUGAACAAUGGAAGCUAAGUGAAUCACUGAGUACAUGUAUGUCUGCUCAAACAUUUCCCAUAAAGCCAUUGGUUCUCAUCAUUCAUGGAUCAUGCUCUUUGUGUGUCAGUGUUUUUGAAUUGAGCAUAUACCAUUCAUCCUGUUGCUGUCAAAUCCAAUCAUAACUGUAUUGAUGCCUUGUCAUCUUUUGACAGUUUUGAUUAUUUUAAUAUCCUAUGAUAAAACACAACAACUGCAUUUUGAUUUAUUUCAUAAAUUCAUAUACCAUAUAUAAUUUACUAGUAACUUAAAAAAGAACUCAGUGACACACAGUGCUAGUAUUUCUGUUACGCUUUAUUUUAUUGCUGUGGGUAAUGAAAGUAAUUCCAGAGAAAAUUCAAAAUGAUGUUGUAUUUAAGACAGAAGCAUGCCCAGUUAGUGGUUUUAGUUUUCAGGGAUUUCCUCACCCAUGAUGACAGCAUGUACAGUGUAGAAUUACGUGUGGAGAAAAGUCUUUGCUCAUUUACCCUCUGUAAGGCAAAUCAUUUGCAAUAUUCUCAGCUCCUUUGUCUCUUUUCUAAAAGAGGACAAUCCUUGUCUCUCUUGUUCAAAUUAGGGAAAAAUUAAUAGCUUCCAGUGUAAAACUGAGAUAUCACUUUCUGAAGAGCCUAAAUAUUCUAAAUUGUCAAGACAUUCAUACUACUUUUUCCCAAUUCCCCCCACAACACUAGCACUUACUUUCAUUUUUCCAUCCUAGUUUUCAACAAGCGAGUUCUCUUGGGAUAUUGAAAUUGAUUAGAGCAUAAUAAAUCAUGACAGUCACUGGUUGUAGAGUAUGUAACAUUAAAUAAGUACUGCACCUUACUACCUGUAAAAAAAGGUUAAAAGAGAAAACUCAUGUAUUUUACUGAUAUCUUGGACUAAAAACAUUGUUGGAAAAAGGCACUAAUUCAGAAACGGGGAAAAAGAAUGUCAACCCAUCAAAGACUAUUUGUGGUUGCCACAAGAAUGAUUUGCCAAUUUGAUUUGGCACAUCCAUCAAAUGCUUUUCUUUAUGUUUGUGUUCUAGGCAGACUGGUUAUUGACUAUUAAUCAAGCAGUGGCUGCUGUCAUUUCAAGAACCACAACAUAUAGGUAAGUACAGGGUGCAUCAGUUGUCAUGCUGUUAGUUGAGUGUUGUUCCAAAAAUUUGGUACAUGAUCCUCAGCAUUAUUGAUGUUAACAAUUCCCAUUCUACAAUUAUAGUUUUAUGUUAAACUUUAUGACAUAGUUAUGCAAUUAAUGGUUCAUGUGAUCCAAAUGCUUGACUGCUACACAAGGAUAUGUUUUAGCAAGCUAUGAAUUCCCAGUACCAUGAUAGCAUGAACUUACACAUUCAAGUGUGUUUGCAAGUAUAUCUGUGCUCAGAGAGAAAACAUGAUCUCUCUCUUGACACAGUUGGUAAAGAGAAGUUAAAAAAAAGCCUCUGAUUUUUAAAUGACCUUACUGGUCUAUCCUGUUGUAAUACAGACUUGGAGGUGACUCUGUCAAUGUCAAGACUGGAAGCCUUGCACCAGCUGCAGCUCGAGAAGCUUCAUAUACCUAUGGGCAUGAUUCUGUUUUGCGUGGAGCAAGUUAUCAUGGCAUGUGGUUACAGGGAAAGCCUCAUGGCCAGUAAGUGUUAAUUGUUGUAAAGAGCUCCCUGUAAUUACUUUUAUUGAUGUCAUUAUCUAUUACAAAUCAAGAAAUCAUUUUCAGUUUCAUCUCUUGACUUUCCUUGACAAUGAAUAUUUUAUAUUUAGUCUAUUAUUUUCAGAAAAGCUAUUGCAUUCUGUAUUGAUUUAGAAAGCUUAACUGAAGGGAACUUGAGGUUUCAAAUUAACUUGAAACUUUUUGAUGAUUCAUUUAUUUUGACUGGUUGUGAAAUCUGAUUGGUUAGAAAAUAUUUGCCUCUGGAUUUUCACUAGCUGCUGGAGAAAACAAUUCGACCUGUCUGACCAGCUACAAGCUUUUUCCAAUCAGGCAGAUCAAAUGGCGAGUCUGAUCCUACAAUCUCCUUUUAUCCUUUAAAUAAGGGGAUUCAACAAUCAUUUUGAUUGACUAUUUCUGGUGUUGACACAAUAAGAGGAGUUAUGUUUACUUUAUUAAGUAUGAUGAACUCUUUUUUUCUCAGUGGUGAAAUGCACUGGCCUGAUGGUCGGCAAUACACUGGAGAAUUUAAACAUGGCCUGCAGCAUGGGUAAGUGAAAUGUAAAGUGUCCCUGCAGGCUAUGAUCUUAUGGGGUGUAAAUACAAACAUCAUAAAUGAAGAUCAUUCUUUUGAUAAUCUUCUGCAACCCACUUGUUAAUCUAUGUCCUUAUUUCUUCAAAAUUAAUGAAGAAAUAAUUUACUGUACUUUCUGAGUACUUUCUCUCCUCUAUAUCUUUUUUUAUAUAUUUCAAUAUCUUAAAGUUUUCAGCAUGUUCAACAAAAACAUUUCCUUUCUUGAUAUUUUGGUCAAUGGUUUGGCAUCAUCCUAGUUUAUAAAAGAUAGCAUUAUCUGACCAAGCCAAGCACCUCGUGACAAAACACACUCAACCUAAUGAAAAAGGACAAUUACUCAUUUGCAACCAGGUGAAGUGUAUUGAUGUAGACUCAUAGGAUUAAGAAUCCAUCCACAUAUCACCUCAUCCAAAUACCAUUAAAAGUGAAUUUCCUAAAACAUGGAUGCUUAAAAUCAAAAUGCACAAAAGGCAGUCAGUAACAGCACAGAAAUAUGAAGGGAUCAGCAUCUACUCGUUGAAGUAAUAAUGAAGAUUGAAAUACAUUGAUGAUGGCAAGCCAAAAUGCACUUCUAAUAGUCUAUGUUUUUCAUUGGUGCACACUGAAUAUAUUUAUUAGCUGGCAAGCAUAAUGAACUAACAUUGUUACCAUGAAUACUGCUGAGACUACUCACAUUGCAGUGUGAUUCUGUAUUGUUAUGAGAAUAUUGUCUUUACAAUGAUUGUUAUCACACAUGCCUCUCUAUUAAAGGCAAAUGAUUAAGCAUCAUUUCUUUUUUAAUUAUGUCACAGAGAAGGGGUCAUGAUCUUCCCACCCAAUGUUGAUGAUCAUGGUAAAGAAAAGUACGAGGGUCAGUGGGAAAAUGGAAAGAUGGCUGGUUAUGGUAAAGUGAGGUAAAACUUUUGAGUUUACUCAACUUAUCGUAUAUCAAUGUACCUCUGUAUCAACCAUAGUAUGCCACAGCUAUUGUUUUUUAUUUUUUGUAAAACAUUCAAUAAAGUGAUGGCAGGGCAUACUUGUCUUGACUAAGCAUGAAGGGGAUGAGAAAUUACUUAAAUAUGUGCAUAUUUAAUGAGCCAAACAAAGAGUUAUAACUUUUGUGUGUGAAAAGGCUUGGAUGACUUAUGGCAUGCAUGUGAAAAAGCAUGUGUGCAAUGAGACAUUGCUCCUAAAAGAGCAUACUCACACACUGAUCUAUAGCUCUAAAUUGCAACAUACCCUUUAACUUUUAAUUAAUUUCAAUACCAGACAUUUAAAAAAGUCUUGCAUUGAAACAAGCUAAAAAAUUUUAAAAAAGUGAAAUUCAUGAGAACUCAACAUUAUGAAGCAAAUAGAGUAAACAAGCACCUUAUCAAACCUGUGAGAUUGGUACUUAAAGAAUUGAAGUUUGUUAAUAAGAACUAUAGCAGAUUCCUGAUACUAUUACUUCUCAAAGCCAUUGGCUGUGACUUUUGCUCAGACCUAUCAACAUGACAAUUGAUGAGGCUGACUGGCCUCAUAAAUAGUUCCAGUUUUGAGGGUCUAAUUACAAAAGUGCACAAUGUCUUAAAAAUUCCAUGAGAGGACUUUCCUAAACUUUCAAUUGUUAAUGUUGUGGUAGUGAAUGUAAAGUUAUCAAUAUCAACAACAUUCAGGCUCAAUUGUAUUUAAAGUACUCAGAAUUACUCUUUGACUUUUUUUUGGUUUGUUUUUUUUGCAUUUGGUUUAAUGUCUAUUUAAACACUUGGGUUCUUCAUUCAUCAUUUGAAGUACACUAACAGUAGUGCACAGAUCAUGAAACCAUUACCAUUCACUUCAAUUAAAUUAAAGGUAAAGAACCAUAAAUGACUUGCAGGGCUGCAGCAGAAGCCUGUGUAUGAAUACAUGUACAUGCAAGUAUGUAUAUGUAUAUAGUUUGCUAAAACGUUCACGUUCACACCUGUGUGUUGCAGCUAUUCUAAUGGCGAUGUUUAUGUUGGUGACUUGUUUGACAACCAACGUUCUGGCCAUGGAAGCAUGAAGUCUGGCACUUUGUCUUCAGCAGGGGCAACACUUUACAUUGGAGAAUGGCUUCGUGACAAACGAUCUGGGUAUGGAGUUUUGGAUAAUGUCUUAAGGUAAUGUUUCUAAAUUCUACUUUCAAAUAACAUAUUGAAUAAGUUGAAAAUAAACAAUUAACUACACACAUGUAUACAAAACAGCCAAAAUAUUUUGUGUGGAACCACUGAAUGUGCACAGAAAGCCACAGAAAGUGGCCUAAUGUCACAAACUACCUGCUUAUUGUAAGAACUGACCAAUCGGUAAUAUGGAGGCAAACUCUAUUUUCGUGGAAACUUCGCCAUACGAAAUGAUACACCUACAGAUGUCUUCCCAGCAUAGAAAAAAGGCACUAAAAUUUUUUUUUCAUGCUUCAAUCAGCAUGGUGAACUAAUUUCUUCAAAGAAAAAAAAAAGAGAGCUCCCACAAAGGACGACAUGUUGAUUUCACUUUUUUCACUAAUCUUGAAAUCUCUGCUGUGUUAGUGUGUCCAAAGAAGCAUUGAUGCUCUAGAGAUUGUUCCAGGCACUUACUUACUUUGUGUCAUCAGCAGGAGACCGCAAGCUAGAUUUCAGCAAGUGAGGGGAGUGAGCGUAUAAUUGUGGACCUGUUGUGUGCUCACAUUGCUCACAGGCUGGAAAGGCUUUGGCUUCUCCGCUCAUAUCACAGCGCUACUUAGAGCCUAUUCACGAGCAAAAUUGGAGCUGCAGAGAAAUUUAGGGAAGGGCUUUGAGAAAAUAGACAGUCUGUGGGUUUUUGCAGAGAAAUUGAAUUUUGUCUGUUAUCCCGAAACGGAAAUUUGUCAUUCACCGAGAUUGAAGCAGUUGAAAACAAUUUGUUAAUCUUUGUGCUAUGAUGUUUAGAAAUUUAUCAAUUCUACUCUAUGACACAUAUAGUGAAGCCCAGUCAAGUGUUUCUGCAAGAAAUUAAAUUUAUUUCUAACAUUUGUAUUCAUUUAUUUUCUCUUUUAUGGUUAUUAUUUACUUUCUGUUAAUUUUGUAGAGGAGAGAAGUACCUUGGCAUGUGGGAGGCAGACUUUCGUACAGGCCCUGGAGUGCUUGUAACACUUGAUGGCAUCUACAACCAAGGAAACUUUUCACAGAACAAACUAAUUGUAUGUACUUUAAGUUAGCUGCAUAUUAUGAAAACUUUGUGUUAUUUAUUAUCGUUUGUGAUUCUGUUCUCUGCAGUGAUAUUGAUUAAGCUUCAAUAUUAAAACAUUUCUUAAUAUGUUUCUUGAUUUAGGGUAAUGGUCUUCUACUGUGUGAUGAUGACACAAAAUUUGAAGGAGAAUUCAUAGGCGAUUGUUUGUUGUCUGGAAAGGUAGGAUUUUAUGACCUGAAGCGAACUAAGUUGUUCAUUGUCAGCAAAUUGAGAUGAAACGAUGUGGUUUAACACGUAUGUAGAAUUGCAACACAAUGUUACUCGGAGGUGAGAUUCUGGUGUUUGAACGUUCCAGUAAGUCUUGAAUCUCUAGAUUUUGUUUACUAUAAACUUUUGACUUAAAUUCAACCUGUUACUUAUUGGAGUUGAUAUCGAACUUGUUUAGUCAGGAUGGUCGGAUAUUGGCCCGGCCUUCUCCUUAUUUUGAGUUUGUCAGGAUUCACGAAAACCGAAAAUGUGACUUGUCCAGUUUCCAGUCAUCUUUUCCUCGUGCUUUGUUAAGAUCGCGUUUGCACUGUUUAUGGGAUAACUAGCUAUCGGAUAAAUUCUCCUCAUUUUACGUUUGUAUUCAUCAGAACCAGUUAUAUCAUAUACUUUAUGCUGUAACUUCCCAUAUUCACAGAUAAUAUUCUAAAUACCUGGUGAGAAAACGAUAAGCCAAAAAAAAAAAAAAUAACGAUGGUCGCCUCCUACUUUUCAAAACCAUCCGGCCUUGGAAACAUAUUGAAGAGUGGAAGUAGGCUAUUUGUUGUUUCAAAGUAGAUCAUUUUCAGUGAUUGGUAUUGUUUCCUCUCAAGGGAGUCCUUACAAUGCCAAAUGGGGAUUAUAUAGAGGGUACCUUUACUGGCCCGUGGGGAGAUGGAAUACGAAUAAAUGGCACAUUUCACAAACUAGAAGCAGGAGGAUCAGCAAACAAGACAACAAGGUCUCUUCAAAGAACAACUAUUAUCCAAAUAUUUUUCAGUAUUAUCAUAAAAAUUAAAAUCAUUAUUAAUGAAUGAUAUGAGUGGGAUACUGCUGCCCAAGGCUUCGACUUAGCAUUAAUUUGCCCGUAAUCUUAAGAUUGGGUUUCAGGGUACGCAAGGCCACCCAAUUCGAAUGAGGCUGACCAUCCCAGUAUUUGGCAAAAUUAGAAUAUUUCCGGAUACUAAUUUUCUACUCUGUAUCUUAUCGGAAGCGUUUGAGUGAAGAAGACAACUGGAAAAGGAACGCGCACAUCCAGGCUGAACUCUCGCUCUCUCUGAGACUUCUUUCUGUGCUGUUCCCUUUUAUUUUUCGCUUGACCAGUCUACUUUGACGAGUAGGAAGUAACGGGGAGCGAACCAUUUUAUGGGGAUGACCCUAUACUCAUAAUGUCUCAGCUAUGACCGUGUCAUAUAGCAAGUUCUUUAUACAAUAAUACUUUCUCUGGCGUAGUUGAAUUCAUGUUAAGUAAUUUUUGUGAAGUAAGAGGGAUCUUUUUAAGGGAAAUGCCAUUUUGAUGUAACAGUUACAAUGGCGACAUCAUUAUCCUUUCGUUUGAAUUAAUUAUCUUCACCUGCGCGGUGAAGAUAUUAAGUUUUGGAGUUUUGAGAAAUUCUUGGUUUCUUUGAUAUCUAGAAAGCAAAUCGAUCUGCUCAAAUAAAAUUUUGAGGGUCAUUUUUUUUUAAUCUUCAGACGUUCAGUUACAUACAACCAAUGCCUGAUCCCCCCUCAGAAGAAAUGGAUGUCGUUAUUUUCUCAGUGCCGUAAAGCCCUGGGAUGUAAUGGUGAUCAAGAUGCUGACCUGUCGGUCGUUUGGAAGUCCAUAUCAGUUACAUUGAGAAGUAAGUGGGACUCAAAACUGACGCAGAGUGAGAAAGAAAUCAUUCUAGAGCUAUUGAAAAACAACAGUGAAAUGGAACAAACUGCUAGAGUCACAGGAGAUUUGGAAAAGUUGCACUCGUAUCUAUCAAAGGUAAGAGCAGUUUUUAUCAGCUGUUUGUACAGGCACAAGAGUAAUGAGCCUUCAACUCAUUUUCAAACCUUGACACAAGUUCAUUGCAUUAUUGUCAAUCCAUAAAAUGCAUUCCUCUCCAAUUCUCUAAAUGAUCAACUAAAUGAAAUUAAGAGAUGAAAAAGAGUCGUACAAUAAUAACAAUAGUAAAAAUAAUAUGGAUGGUAAUUUGAUGAUAAGGAUAAUGGUAAUGAUAAUAACACUGACGAUUGCUAACACGUAUAAGUGUAUUGAUGAACUUACGCCCACUAUAUAAGGAUGACUAAGUACAGAGUUCCUCGAAAUGGUCGUAAUUCCCAAUAGCUUUGGUGUCAAGCAUUAAAUCUGUUAGCAAAUUGCUAUCUUGAAUGUAGCACUUGCUCAUUAAAUUUCACAGUUUUGAAUUUUGACACAGCUAAAUAAUCUAAAUGUGUAAAAGAAGAUCACUUUAGGUAAUACACUCUUAACAUUCUAUGUUUAGGUUAUUAUAAUCGAAUUUGUCAGUUUUUGUUAGUGACCCCCGUAACCGUUGUUGUACUGUAAGAGAUGAAAUAAUGAACAUAAACUUUUACUACUGGUUCUCUCUAUCACUAAUUUGAGUAAAAAAAUAUUAGUCACAAUGUCAUUUAAUCAGUAAUUAAACAAGUUCAGACGGGUUUAAUUACUUUCUGUUUUUGCAGGCGAUGAACACUAAGCAGCAUCCAGUAGGACAACUUGUAAAUGGACUAAUUGAUGUGUUUCGAGCAAGCUACAUUGGUAUGGGUACUCAUAGGAGACUGUUACCUCACGCUGUGGCAGAAGUGAAAUCUUUUGUCAUCAGGGUAUACAACAUUAUAUGGUAAGAUGACAUUUGACUGACAGGAUUUUACUCCUGCCUAAACAAUACAUGAUGCAAAAUGUCUUUUUCUAUAUUUUUCAUAUACUUUUCUUAUUUUUCUAGUCUUUUUCUUCUUCUUUAUUUUUCUCUUUGUUUUCUUUUUCUCAGUCUUCUAUUUCCCGAACUUCCCAAUGAAGAAUAUGUGCACCUAGAUACUGCCACACUGUCGGGUGUAUCCAAUCACGGUACAGAAGAGGCUGCCACAAGCAGCGUUCUGCUACACCCCCUGCUCUUCCCCAGGCUCUAUCCCCCACUGUUCACCUUGUAUGCCUUGGAUAAUGAACGAGCAGACAGUGCAUACUGGGAACAAAUCCAGCUGCUAAACAAGCGCUCAGACUGGGCACUAAUGACUUAUGUAGGCAUGAAAAGGUGAGAUUCCCCACAAACAUGAUAACUCUGUUAAAUAAGUUGAUAGCUGUUUUACAAAAUGGAUGAUUCUGAUUUUGGUUAUGUUUUUUUACUCCUUAGUUAUUACAAAAUUACACAAUUAGAACAAAUGGUUCUGUUAUACUAAUUUGUGAUUUAAGUUAAUAGCUGUUCGUUGUAGCUGUGAGCAGGUCUGUUGUAAAUAAUGCCGUGAUGCCGCCGUGAUCGUAAUAAAUAUCGUUUCAUUCUUCAGGCAGUUUUGGCUUACUAAAGAACAAGAUGUGGGAAGUCGUUCAGACGAGGUAAAGUUACAAUGACACAGUUUGCCUCGGUGUGAAUGUGAAAACAGAAGUAUAAGCUCGCUCUGGAAAACUCGUUGAAUGCUGCAAAUUAGGUAUCACUGAAGGCCAAAACAUUAACUUUGCGUUCUGCUAUUCGCUUGCUUUAGUUUUUCCAUAAUGUUCUGUUUGUUCACUAAAAUAUCCCUUGUUCUUUAGGCUAUUGGAGAGCUACAAGGAUCCCGUGUAGUCCAAGUCAUAAUUAAGACAAAGUUGUUACCUUCAUCUUAACGUAGAAGGAUUUCAUGUAACCUUAACUAUUUGUGACAAUUUUAGGUUAAACUGGAAAGGAGAGAAGCAGAACAUUACGUUAGUGCUGUCGAGUCCCUUCGGCAGAUUAGGUACUUUCCAUUUUGUUUUUUGUUAUAAAUGUCUUGUUUAAUGUAAGAUGAUGAGAAGACUUGUCUACCCAGCUAAGCCGGACUUCUUGUUUGGACGACAUGAAACAUACCCUUAAGCUAUCUCUAUUAUUAAAUUUUGUUUGAUAGAAAGCUAAAAGUAUGCUAUCAAUAAAUUUGAGACUAAAUGGUGGAUUUUCUUUAUUGCGUCUGAUCUUAGUUUUCCUAAACGACCUCUUAAAGCGAGUCCUAUAUCUAGACCGGAGGGAGAAGUUUCUUCUGAAUUAACUAUGACGAAACCUUCGUGAAUUUUUUUAUUAAAAUUCAAGCCUUCGUCUUGAGUUUGUUGUUUUGUUGAAUUGAUGGUUUCUUCAGUUUCAUGCCCCGCUGUUUUUAUAAGUGGACUUAAUUGUUAUAGUUGAAGCGGAGUUAUGGCGAUAUUUUGCCGGUAAUUCUAAAUUUGAGUUUAACAUUCGAACUACUUGCAACCAAGCGUGUUGUUGUAAUGCCUUCUUAUCAUUGGGACCCUUCUCUAACCAUUCACGUAUUUUUUCAUUACAGCACAAAAUUUAGCCCGAUGGAGAAGCUUGGAGUGUUAAAGUCAACGUUUGAGCAGAUUAAUCAGGUAAGUUGAACUUCUGUCAAGAUCGACGAUCAUGUUAAUGAUUGAACAGUUCAAUAUAACUGGUAACUUUGUGUUUGUCUCUUGGGAAGGAGGUUAACUCAUUUUGGCAGGGAGAGAAGAAACUGGUCUCUUUAGAUGACUUGUUUCCAGUGUUUCAGUUCGUGGUCAUCCGAGCAAGGUACAUUGUUUCAGUUCUAGUUGAUUGAUUGAACGGAAUUGUUUGCUCACAUUAUUUUACCUUUAUGUCUGUAUGAUUUUGUGGUCGUUGUAGUGAGUUUUUAUUCGUCAAUAACCAUCUUUCGAUGAUGUUUAAAGUAGCUAAGAAAAUAAAGUUGAGAUUAUGAAGUAGAAAUGACCACUAUGUUAAUAACGCAUUUAAAAACUGUGCACAUUACAAGCCUCGGGAGAUACACCUGAGGACUCACUCUGGCUUUUGUAAGGCAUUUAUAACUUUCCUAUCUUUAAGCCCAAAGUAGAUCUGAUUCCCCUUGUUGUUUAUUACAUAGAAUACCCCAUCUUGGUUCAGAAAUUCAGUUUAUCGAUGAUAUGGUAGACAGUCAUGUCCAUGUUGGCGAGCAGGGACACAUGUUUACCACGCUUAAGGUACAGUUCACACCUGACCAGCACAACAUUUCGCUACAAAAUUGGACCCCCCAAAAAAUUAUCUUUUCCCUGAUUUUAUGUAGUAGUUGUUUGAUGUGUUUGUGCAGUUAAACUGGUGUAAAAAAUACUCUAGUCCAUCAUGGUACCACGACAGUAAGAACUUCUCCUGUGAAAAAAGAUCAGUAAAUUACAACGUCUCGACUGUCCUUCGAAUAUUAACACCUAUACUACGAAUGAAUAUAAUGAGAAAAAGUGCAAAAAUGUUUAAAAUCAAUAGAGAAAUCUUGAAAACAACAGAUUAUGCUAGAAACAUACAUACUUCUGAUUGUACAAAGAAAGUAAAUUUUCUCUCGUAUCAAAAAAUACCCGUAUACACUACCUAGAAAACAUAUUAUUUAGCCAGAAGAUAUGUAGGGCCUCUAUUUGAGGAUUGAUAAUGCGCUAAAAGAGUCAAGAGCAACCAAGAGAACGGAACUGGAGAACUCUUGAAAUCCUGGCCCCAGGUCCCAGAAAAUUCCAAACAUCUCACUUCGUCAAAGUCAAACAAGUUUGCUAUGUUUUCCAACGUUACUGGGAUCUCUUCUGAACUACAAAUGCUGGUUUGCAUGUGGUUAUUUUUGUCGCCUAUUGAUGUUAAGUUCAUAGUUACUAAUUUUUAUUCUUUUCGCUUCACAGGCUGCUAUUUUCCAGAUACAAAAUGAGAAAGGCUGAUGAUUCAUUGCUGUGAUAAAGUCACAAAUCAAACAUUUAUUCAACUUGCUAUCGUCAUAGCCGAUAGAAAUGGAAAUGAGGCAUUGUUUGAUGACACCUAAAAAGCGCAGCAAAUAUUUCCAUCAACACCUUAACACGUUUUCUGUUCUUUUCUAUUUUAUGUGUCGUCUUCCAUUUCAACCCACUCAUAGGUAUUGUCCACGAAACUUGUUCAUUUUAUCAUUUCUUUGCUAAUUUAGCUUGGUAACAUUUCCUUUUUCUUUUGCAUCAUUACUUUGAAUUAAGCUGUAAAUGGUGGGGCAUAGACUUGACGUUAAGAUGAGAGCAUUACAUCAUACGGUUAUUGAGGACACAAAGAAUGGCGGAAAGCCUCUCUCGGUUUGUUGGCCAGGGCACUUCGAGCUACUUCUCUCCGGGUUGGUCGACGACGUUUUCCUCAUUAUUGAUAGCCAGUUGUUACAAAAUCGGACUACCCCACUAUCUCAAUUUUUCAAAUUACUUAAAGAUAUUCUCAUCAACUGCGUGGUCAAGGCUUUCGCUCAUUUGAGGAAAAGCGUUCAGAGGAAUUCGGGUUCUUGUUUCGUAUUAGAAUACGUUCCCAGUUUUAUAAUUUAGGAUCCAAUUCACUUAUUUAAGUCAUAGAUAAAGUUAUACCUGUAGUUUUAACUCGUGUAAUUACGCAUUUAGAGUCAAAC